AAGACAGUGUUGCAGUUUAAGACCUCAACGCUGCUGCUUCUUUAUUCAUUUGCUGUUUGGACAGUAAACAGUGUUGAGAUUGCCAUCAGCCAGGAGUUGUUGGCAAGAAUGGGUGGGCUGUGAAUUACAUUUCUAAAUCUAUCUGUGCUCUAAAGGGGUCUGCAGUAACGAUGAGCUGCACUUACACAUAUCCAAAUGGUCACUCAGUCCAAAAAGCUUUCUGGAGCAAAAAGUUAGUUACAGAGAAAGAACCUCCUGAUCUGUUAGAUGAUCCAGAGUACAGAGGCAGAGCUCUGUACCUUGGAGAUGAACAACACGACUGCACUCUCAGACUGAAGAAUGUGAGAGAAAAGGAUCAAAGUAAAUACUACUUCAGAUUUAUAACAGACCAAUCUGGAGGAAAGUGGCAAGGUAAAGGUGGAGUUGAUCUUUUAGUUUAUUCAGAUCUCCAGGUGGAGGUUCCUGAGAGAGUGAUAGAGGGAGAUAAAGUCACUCUCACAUGUAAAACCACCUGCAGUCUGACAGUCAGACCAACAUUCACCUGGUACAGAAAUGGACAUCAUUUAUCCUCCAGUACUGACCAACUCCACCUGCAGUCAGUCAGCAGGGAGGAUGCAGGCAGGUAUCACUGUGCUGUACUGGGUCAGAACUCUCCUGAGGUCACUCUUAAUGUCAGAUAUGGCCCAAAGAAUGUCUCAGUGUCCAUUAGUUCCUCUGGUGAAAUAGUGGAGGGCGAUUCUGCUAUGAUGAUGUCACUGAGAAUGACUCCCCCCACCUCUCUGGUCUUUCUACUCCUAAUUUAUGGAGUUGUUGCUCAGGAUGGGUGGGCUGUGUAUUACAACUCUAAAUCUAUCUGUGCUCUAAAGGGGUCUGCAGUGACCAUGAGUUGCACUUACACACCUCCAAGUGGUCACUCAGUCCAAAAAGCUUUCUGGACCAAAAACUGGAUUACUGAUGUAGAACCUCCUGAUCUGUUAGAUGAUCCAGAGUACAGAGGCAGAGUUCAGUACCUCGGAGAUAAACAACACAGCUGCACUCUCAGACUGAGUGAUGUGACAGAAAAGGAUCAAAGUAAAUAUUACUUCAGAUUUAUAACAAACCAGCCCAAAGGAAAGUAUCAAGGUGCAGGUGGAGUUGAUCUUUCAGUCACAGAUCUCCAGGUGGAGCUUCCUGAGAGAGUGAUAGAGGGAGAUAAAGUCACUCUCACAUGUAGAACCACCUGCAGUCUGACAGUCAGAACAACAUUCACCUGGUACAGAAAUGGACAUCGUUUAUCCUCCAGAACUGACCAACUCCACCUGCAGUCGGUCAGCAGGGAGGAUGCAGGCAGGUAUCGCUGUGCUGUACUGGGUCUGAACCUUCGCUCUCCUGAGGUCACUCUGAAUGUCAGAUGUAAGUACAGAUGGCCCAAAGAGUAUUUCAACAGUAUCAGUAUCAUUAAAGAAUGA